GAUGAGAAAUCGUUGGUGCGGGUGGUGUGUUUUGAGAGAAGCAGAAGCAAGAAAGUCGUCUGUCUGCAACACACUAAUUUGACGCACAAAUUUAGCGACACGAUACUCAAGAAUUGUACCUCGAAGGGAAUAAGGCGACCGCAAGUCGAAGGGAGCACGUAUAACGCUCAAGGAUCAGUUGGUCAUCGUCAAAAAGAUUUAUUAAGAUGUUGAGCGUUUUUGCUAGGCGAGCGUGCCAAGUGGCCCGUAGUCCAUCUCUACAGAGUAAGACCGCUAUUAGGUUCCCAGCUUCGGGAUUUUCGUUGCUCAGACACAAUGUAAAGGACUUUUCGGAUACUCGUUUAUUGACUCGUGUAAAGCAGUUUACUAAUGUAAUCCGCCUAAAUAGUUCCACUGCGAGUUCCACAGCUCAAGUCUGUAAACCUCUUCCGCCCAAUGCUGACAAAGCGGUGGGUCUCUGGCUGCUGGGAUGCAGUGGGAUGGUUUUUGUUGCUGUUAUAUUAGGUGGUGUCACAAGAUUAACAGAAUCUGGUUUGUCGAUGGUCACAUGGCGCUUAUUAGGAGAAAAAAUGCCAUGGACUCAUGAGGAGUGGGUUACUGAAUUUGAGAAGUACCAACAAUAUCCUGAGUUUAAAUUUAAAAAUCAUGAGAUGACAGUCUCUGAGUUUAAACGCAUUUGGUGGAUGGAGUUUGCCCAUAGACAGUGGGGCAGACUUAUUGGCACAGCCUUUGCUCUUCCAGCAAUAGCAUUUUGGGCCAAAGGAUAUCUCAACCCGGCAAUGAAAAAAAGAGUUCUUGCAUUUGGUACUUUAAUUGGCUGCCAGGGUCUGAUGGGAUGGUACAUGGUUAAAUCUGGUCUGCAAAAUAAUUUUGACGACCCUAAUGAUGUACCAAGAGUGUCACAGUAUCGACUUGCAUCCCAUUUGGGACUGGCGUUUGGUCUCUACACUCUUCUUUUGUGGUCAGCCUUAGACAAGCUCCUUCCUGCCAAACCCUUCCCCAGUGCUGCAAUUGGUGAUGCCUCUGCCAUUAAGCGAGCUCGUCUAGUAAGACGUUUGGCUCUAACAUCCAAGGCUCUAGUCUUUUUCACAGCAUUAUCAGGAGCUUUUGUUGCCGGCCUGGAUGCUGGAUUGGUUUACAAUAGUUAUCCCAAAAUGGCAGAUCGCUGGAUUCCCUGUGAUCUGCUGGCCCUCUCUCCAUCUCUCAGAAACUUCUUUGAAAAUCCCACAACAGUUCAAUUCGAUCAUAGGAGACUGGGAGAAACCACAGUUGCUACCAUCUCAACUCUUUAUCUACUGUCUAGAAGGGCGACUCUACCACCUAGAGCACUAAAAGCAGUAACUGCACUGGCUACAAUGGCAUGGAUUCAGGUUGGACUUGGCAUUACAACACUGCUGACCUAUGUCCCUGUUCCAGUGGCAGCAACUCAUCAGUCAGGGUCAUUAGUUUUGCUGUCCUUUGCCAUUUGGCUUACACACGAAUUGAAGCUGUUGAAGUAUUUGCCCAAGUGACAUGUUUGUUAUUUUUCUUGAAGCAGUUGUUUGAUCUCAAUGGUAUUAUAGCAUUUAUUGUGUGCUACUGUCAAGAAAUGUAAUCCUAAGGACUAAUAAUAUCUGUAAGUAGUGCAAAAGGUCAAGAUUUUAUGGAAUCAUUAAAGCAGCAAUUUUGUGUCAUGA